AUGGAGUCCUUCACAAAAGGCGUGAAAGCUCCUACAGAGCAAUAUGACGGUUCAAAGCUCAGGGUCUUGAUCGUAAAAACGCGCUGGAACAGCGAAAUUGUGGAUUCUCUUGUCGAGGGGGCCAUUAACAGCCUAACCUCCUACAAAGUCGAACGUAGCAACAUACAUAUUGAAGACGUCGCCGGUUCUUACGAAUUACCUUUUGCAAUCCAAACGAUCUUAUGCAAUCGGGUGUACAAUAAGUUUGAUGUUGCCAUAGCUAUCGGCGUCUUGAUCAAGGGCGACACUAUGCAUUUCGAGUAUAUCGCAGAAGCUGUCAGUCAUGGUCUAAUGAGAGUUGGUCUGGAUACUAGUACUCCUGUUGUAUUCGGAGUUUUGACGUGCCUUUCAGAAACCCAAGCCUUGCAGAGAGCGGGAAUAGGUGAAAAUUCACAUAAUCAUGGGAAUGAUUGGGGACAAUGUGCAGUCGAGAUGGGGAUGAAAAGAGAAAGGUGGAGUAAAGGCGUAUAG